ACUUCAAUCAGCAACUCACACAACCUAUCGUACACUUCCUGCAAACUACACUUUUCUUCCCCCAAAGAAAAAUAAGGCUGGCAGCCCGCCGGCAAGAAGCGAAGAAUGCCUGACGGAGCUGGGCACGGAAAAAAAAGAGGCAUAUUUCCGCAAUGCAAAGGAACCUGAUAACCAGACUGAAGGACAUCCACUCUAUUCUGGUCGGAAGUGUUCCAGAGGAGCAUGCGCGACCGGUCAUCACGCCCAAGCCAGUGUGCCCCAGAUGCGAGAGAGCCGGCAUCGAUACCGUGGAGAAGGAGCAGCAGACCCUUCCGACGGAGGUCUGGACCCAGGACCAGGCUGUGCAGACCGGCAGCAUCCCUAACAGCACGGGCCCCAAGAGUGCACACCGGGACUCGGGGGCCAAAGUAGCAACGGCCAACACGACGGCUAGGCCCAAGCCAGCUGUUGCAAACCCGGCUACCGACAAAGGAAGCGACGGCGAAGCAAGCAGGAGAAGGUCUGAGUGGACGAAGGCCAAGCCUAGAAAUCCCGAGAGGAGACGAGCCAGACCCGACGCCAUAGUGAUCCAAGCAGCAGGCAUGACGUACAGUCAGAUCCAAAGCAUGGUAACUCGCAGGGAGGACGGGAAGCUAGACGCUCUUGGCCCUUGCGUCAAGAGAGUGAGGAAGACAGCCAAGACACAGACCCUUAAAGGUUGCAUCGAGGAGGUCCUAGGGAGCAAGGAAGAGGUGCGGGCGUACUCGGAGGAGACCAAGGAGUCACUCGUCGAGCUACGAAGACUCGACGCACUAGCUACUUCGGAGGACAUCAUCGGGGCUAUCGCGCAGCAGGCAGCGGUGGACCAAGGCGCCUUGAAAGUCAAGAAGCUGAGAAGCAGUUAUGGCGAGACGCAGACCGCUAUCGUGGCUUUCCCCGCGAGCCUUGCCAAGGCCAUCAUUGCUGUGGGCAAGGUGAAGGUUGGGUGGUCAGUAUGCCAUAUGAGGGAAAAGGAGGUCGUGGCUCGCUGCUACAGGUGUCUUGGGAUGGGGCACAUCGCAAGCGCUUGCAAGAGCUCGAAGGACAGGAGCGGCUGUGGCUUCCGCUGCGGAGACACGGACCACAGGGCGGUCACCUGCAAAAAGGACCCUUGAUGCUUCG